UUAGAGAACUUACUUUAACGUCGUAAGGUGGCAUAAUGCCACCUGCGGACAGCAACUGCACUCAGGAUUCUCGCAGGUUCGGCGACCCAUGUCGCUACUCCCGCCAGAGACCCCCUACCCUGUACUGGCACUGGCAGAGGACCUCACAGGUCAGAUCUUUGGCACAGUGAAUGACUACGUCGCAAGUGGUGCAUAUGGGAACGUUUACAGAUGUGAAUUGAAUCGACCGUCGGGUCCUGUCAAGGUUGCAGUGAAAGCCUUCAGGUUUCAUACUUCGGAGCAGGACUUAAGAAGAUUUCGGCGAGAAACUGCAAUCUGGGCACACCUCAUCCACGACAAUAUUGUCACACUUUAUGGAACGACAGAAGGGUUUGGGCCGAGCCCUGCCCUCGUCUCCCCGUGGUUUCCGCUCGGCACACUGUUACAUCUGGUCACGGAACAAGGUGCUAGAUUGAACAUCAUGUCCAAAAUGAAAUUGCUCCACGACAUAGCAUCUGGCCUCUACUAUCUUCACUCUUUUCCCAUUGUUCACGGCGACAUUUCGAGCUCCAACGUUUUGAUAGACAUCAAGGAAGGAGAAUACAAGCCAUGUCUUACGGACUUCGGGCUGUCGAAUAUUCUCGGCAAGGUUUCUCGCAGCGAUGCGCAACACUCUGUUCGGCCUGGUGCAAUCAGGUGGACUGCACCUGAGUUGCUCGAGCAACAUCAAACCGACAUCAAACCAACCACGCAGAACGACAUCUAUUCCUUUGGUCGCGUCAUGUUUCAUGUAAUUAUCUCAAGUUCAACACAACCUAUUUUUUUUUUAAAAAAACAAUUGCUCAUGACCAGGUGUUGACACUGAUCAUUCCUUAGAAUGAUACUGACGACUGGAAAGUCGCUCAAAAGAUCCUUAGUGGAGAGGAUAUCUCGCGUCCUGAGAUAUCCAAUGCAACGUCUGACAUCACGGACGCCCGCUGGAGUCUGAUCGAGCAGCGUUGGUCAAUUGAUCCAUCUGGUCGUCCACCUGCCUUCGUGGCCAUGGAGUAUUUAAAGAGCGAAAUGGGGACUUUGGUAAACGAUGUAAGUUUUGACUGGCGUUGUCACACAGAAACUGAGGUCCUUGCUCAACAAUGUUCUUGUUGGCGGAGCACAGGAAAAUCAUAAAGUUGCAUCCUUGGACAUUGUAAAAGCGGAGCAGAUAACUGAGCUCAUUCCCCUCAGCCACAGGGUACAAUCUCAGGUAAUUCACUAGCCCGUGGUCGGAGUAUUUGGCUCAUCCUUAUCAACUAGGCUGAGAGUAUGCGUCGCUUC